AUGCCCAUCACUCAGUUUCAGCUACUUAAAGUUUGUACCUGCUUGGCAACGGUAUUGUCAUUCCUAAAGAGAUUAAAGUGUAGGUCUGGCAGAGGAAAAAUUUUAAGUGGAGACCAAAUAAUUUUGCCAACUACAGUUGAUUAUUCUUCAGCUCCAAAGCAUAUAGAUAUGGAGGAGUGGACGUCCUGGGAUGAAGAUGCACCCACAAGUGUAAAGACUGAAGGAGGGAAUGGCAAUGUGGCAUCACAACAAAACACUUUGGAACAACUGGAACCUUACUCGUUUAAGGACAUGACACCAACUAUAAGGAAAAAUCAGAAAAUUGUCAUUAAGAAGAGAGAACCUUUAAAUUUUGGCAUCGCCAAUGGUAGCACAUGUUUCUUCAGUAGACUAACAGCUCUUCAUCAGUCAUCUGAAUUAGGUGACUUACACACUUGGCAAGAAACUACUAAUGCAUGAGAAGAGGAAGAAGGUACAGCCUGAGAAGCAGAAGUUGUUCUGAGGCUUGAUUUUAAUGCAUUCAUCAGCCCAUUCAGGAGACCAAGAUUAUCCCAAAGGAUAGUGAGCAUUUACAUUCAUACCAGUACAUGGUUGCUGGAGUUUAUCAUUCUCAUGGUAAUAUUUUUUAAAGGACAGGCUAGAGAGGGAGAAAGGAAUGUGAACAUGAAAAAUGCCUUCAAAGCUGGACACCUUCUGAAAGGGAAAGAGUGUGUUUUCUACAAUGAUAGAAAAACAGACAUUUACCAGCUGAUUGCAAAGAACAUUUGCAAAUGGCAGUAUGAUGUUAUAAACCUUAUGCUUGUUGUCCUCUUUGAAAACAGUGAGUCCUGCUUGAAUCAAUUUCAAAUCCUUGAAGAUGACCUGGAAUACGCAACAGCUCAGUCCAUGUUUGUUAUCCACCCACUGCCAUCCACUCCAGCCCCAAGUCCACAUGGCAAAAUGGUGGGAAUUUCUGUUGGUUUUCACCGUGCUUUGUGUCUUGAUCAGUUGUUUAAAGAUGACCUUUCCCAGGACAUCGACAUUUCUCUGCCUCUGCCUUUGCCAAACCUCAAAAUCUACAUUGGAGAUUUUGAAUACAUCAUGGGGAUUAUGCACAGGAAGUUUCAUGCUCAUUUUGGGAAAUUGAUCUGUGAUUGA